AUGAAUUGGUGGACAAACGCAACAUCGCAGGCAUUCGAAGACAAGACCAAGUGCUUUGUGGACCAGUACAACAAAUACACCAUCAAGGGACCCAAGAACGAGAAUGUCAACGUGAACGGAGAAAUGACUCUCCCCGAGAACCUUGCUGAUAACGCCGGCAUCAAGAUGGCCUUCCGCAGUUGGCAGAGUCGUUUCCAGUCUGAUCCAAAGGGGAACAAGGUCGCAAACUUCAAACUCCCAGGCCUGGAUAAAUAUACCCCGGAACAACUCUUCUUCAUCUCCUACGGCCGUCUGUGGUGCACCAAGAUGACACCAGAGUCACUUGUAGACCUCGUCAACCACAACAACCAUUCGCCUCCCCAAUGGAGAAUCAACGGCGCCGCCCAGAACUCGCCCGAUUUCGCAAAGGCGUUCAAGUGUAAGGCGAGUGCGCCUAUGAACCCUAACAAGAAGUGUGAGGUGUGGUAG